AUGGUGCACAGUAGCAAGUACGACUUGCUAAUUAAGCUCCUUUUAAUUGGAGACAGCGGUGUUGGUAAGAGUUGCGUGCUCUUACGUUACUCCGACGAUUCGUUCACGACCUCCUUUAUCACCACUAUUGGCAUCGAUUUUAAGGUUAAGACAAUUGAUGUGGAUGGCAAGCGGAUAAAGCUUCAAAUUUGGGACACCGCAGGCCAAGAGCGCUUUCGAACCAUCACGACCGCUUAUUACCGUGGUGCGAUGGGAAUUUUGCUGGUGUAUGAUGUGACAGACGACCACUCGUUUCAAAAUAUUCGCAACUGGAUGACACAAAUUCGACAAAACGCAUCGUCUAAUGUUAACCGGAUUUUGGUUGGUAAUAAAUGCGAUGUCGAUUCUUCAGAAAGAGCAGUGACAACACAACAGGGCCAAGAUCUGGCCGAUGAAUUCGGAAUUAAGUUCUUUGAAACCAGUGCCAAGAGCAACCAAAACAUCGAUGACGCUUUUCGGUCGAUUGCGGUGGAUAUCCAAAAGCGGCUGGCGGAAAGCGAACACGAUAGAUUAGAUGUUGCUAGCGGCAGUAAUUUUCGUGUGGAUGCAUCUCAAGAGCAGGCAAAAGACGGCUGUUGCACUUAA